UAAUAAAAUAAAGACCAUCGAUCAUCACCCGGGAAAAAAUAUUGAAGGAGAAGGCACGGCACGUACGUACACGGAGAAUCAAUAAUAACAUGUCGUGGUUGAGAUCGGCGGUGCACAAAGCAGUCGAAGUCGGCGGGCAGAACCCCAUCACCCGCACCGUUCGCGGUUACGCCGGUUCCGUCGUCCUCACCGCCGGCAAUGCCGUCUCCGGAGGCGCCAAACUGAUCCAGGAUCGCAUCGGAUCGAGGAACGUGAAGAGCUUUAGCCUCGCGGUGAAGAGAUUAGAGGAGGUCUCGGUUUCUUCCAGAGGCGGCGAGAGAGUGCAGUUGUUGAGAAGGUGGCUUGUCGCUCUUAGAGAGAUCGAGAGGAUGACGUCGUCAGAGAAUGUAGAAGAUCAGAACCAACCUAGUUCCGAAGAAGCCAAAGAUUCUCCCAAAACUAUUACCACCGUUUACUACGUUGAUCCUGGUCUUCCCGGUGAGCCAAUGACUUUUAGAGAUGUGUUUCUUCACAGCGAGGCCCUUGAAGGAAUGGUACUAUCUAUGAUUCUGGAAGCACCAAACGAAGAAGAAGUCCAGCUGCUUCUGGAACUGUUUGGGCUCUGUUUGUCAGGAGAGAAGGAAGUUCACGAAGCAGUGAUUCAAAAUGUGCAGGAGUUAGCUAUUGUGUUUUCCAAAUACAAGGAUGAAGUUUUGGCAAAGCGUGAGGAACUUCUUCAAUAUGUCCAAAGUGCAAUUGGAGGGCUAAAAAUCAGCGCUGAUCUUGCAAGAAUAGAUAUCGAAUCCCAUGCUCUGAUGGAGAAACUUGAUAAGACGAAGGUCAAGGUUCUUGAGCAGGCUUCAAAUGAGGAUAGUUCAAAAACCGCUGGAACCAAUGCUGCAUCAACCGAGGCUCUCCGAGAAAUUCUUGAGCAAGUUCGCACUUUUUCGAAGCUAGAAGCACUCUUGCUGAAGAAAAAAUCACUGAGAAAUGGCGAUUCCCUUCAACUUCACAGUGAGAAGGUUGAUAAACUCAAAGUUCUGUCAGAAUCUUUACUCAGUUCUACCUCUAAAGCUGAAGACAGAAUCGUGGACCAUAGAAGUCAGAAAGAAGAAGCUCUUAGUUUCCGACUUUCCAAAACUACUGAAGUCAGCCAGCAGGAGAAGGAUGUAGAGGCAGAACUAAAAAAACUUGAGAUUUUGAAAGAUGAUCUUGAAACUGAGCUGCAAAGGGUCAACACCUCAAUAACAUCAGUCCGGGCUCGCCUUCGCAAUGCUAGAGAAGAAAGAGAGCAGUUUGAUAAUGCAAGCAAUGAAAUUCUUUUGCACCUGAAGUCAAAGGAAGACGAGCUAACUCGUUCGAUAUGUUCAUGCCGAGUAGAGGCGGAUGUUGUAAAUAAGUGGAUCAAAUUUUUGGAAGAUACCUGGAUUAUACAGUCUAAAUUUGAUCAACAAAAGGAAAUGCAAGUGAGUGGGGAGAUGGAGAGAUAUGGUGACCAUUUCAUCGACCUGAUUGUUCAACUCCUCUCUUUCUACAAGGAACAGUUGGAUCCUUCUAUACCCAAGAUCCGAAGCGUUAUUGAAAAUUUGGAACCAAAUAAAGGGUUAGACGCAGAAAAAAAGAUAGAUGAUAAGGAUGCAAAGCCAAUCGAUUCUAGAAAACAGCUUGAGAAGGAGUAUCUGGACCUAGAAGCCAAGUUUGUAACAACAUUAAGUGUGGUGGAUGCUAUGAAAAAGCCAUUCUAUUCACAGACGGAAGGUAUCUCCAGGAAAGACGAUAAAAGAGUGAAAGAACUAUUUGAGGCAUUGGACAAAACAAAAGAAGAGUUUGAGUCCAUCGAACGCCCGCUUCUAGAUAUUGAAUCUCCUGCAAGAACAUCUUCUUCUUCACGCUCACCCUCUCUGAAAACGACGCUCGACACUCCGCUUUCGGACACAGUCCCGAAAAAACUUGCUGAUGUUGAUACUCCAGACAGUAAAAAGGGGUCUUCAGAGAAAGAAGACUUGGCGAAGAAUCAGCUGGAGUUGGAACUGGACGAUGGAGAAGAGUUAUUGGCAGAUGAAAUCAAUGAUUGGGAAUUCGAUGCUCUUGAUGACACUCAUCUCAAAAACCAAUAGCUGAUCCAUAUUUUUUCAAAGAUGAUUGAGGAAGAUGGAGGGAGUACAUAGUAAUCUGACUUUUCAGAGUUUUAUAUAAAACAUAUAAACGAAUGAUUU